GCAUCAGGCCAAGUUCACGUGUCCUACCUGGGAUGUUAUUCAGAACCCCCCUACGACUCGUUAUUCUAUAAAGCGUAUCUAGAUUAUAGGCACCGUAUCGAUUGGACAAAGCUACCUGACUUGAGUCACGUGACUCAGGCCUGUGCUCAAGAGGCCAUCAAGAGAAAUUAUUCGUACUUUGCCAUCAAGAACUAUGGAGUAUGUUCCUGGGGCCCAGAUGGUCUCACAAUUGCGAGUAAAGGGACAAAAGGGUCUGGAUGCUUCCUGACCAUCGGAGGUCCGUCGGCUCUUUCCGUCUUCAAGAUUUCGAGACCGAAAGGUGACUAAGUCGCAGCCCUGAUUAAAACUAUGAGUUACUUAUACGUAAAAAAGCGUCAAAGCAGUCUGUUUUUCAAAAAAAUGCCGCAGAAAUCUUUGUGUAAUUCGAAUAUUCACAUAAAGACAUUUUCAUUCGGGGUUAGUUUAUUGAGGAAAAUUUACAUCUUUGUGUUAUUCUUGUGUUCUAAGGAUAAAGAAGAAAUACUAAGAGGACACCAAGCGCCACAAAAUGUAGACAUAACACAUCAAGCUGAAUGUUGUGACUCUCUCGGGUCUUAUUUAAGCUUGUCUUAUGAAACAUCCAUUUUGUUGUAUUUGAAAAAUUUACUCGUGCUUAUUUACAUCAAAAUUGCACUUGGAAUCAUGUCGUUACCUCUACAAAUUCCCAAGGUCCACUGUCCACUUCUAUUGCAUCCAUAAACGUCACUUAUAUUAUUAAUACCUUAUAAAGCAGAUCUCUUCCUCAGAAAUUUGAUUAUUGUCUUCAUAUUUUAAGUUGAUGGUGGGUGGUCGAACUGGGGAGCCUGGAGCGCCUGCAGCCUAACAUGUGGUAACGGCAGGCAAACACGCAUACGGACCUGUACUAAUCCCACACCGGCUGCUGGCGGUGCCGAAUGCGUUGGGAAUAACUCUCUUGAGGUUCAUUCAUGCAACACCAACAGUUGCCCAGGUUAGAUAAGGAGUUCUAUCAAGAUUUGUUACCCUUUCUUUUUAUCUUCAUUUUCAACGUAUGCAAUAGGCACGUUUGCAUAUGCGUCAUAAGGCCUUCUCUAUAACUACUGAAUCGCGCUAAGAAGCAAUUAGCUUUUAGUCAAAGAUUGACUCAUAUCAAAUGUUAAAAAAAUGCGCAAUAAUGAACUUGCAAAGUGUUCUUUAAUUUUAGCUAAUGGCGCAUGGUUUAGCCUGGCGUGACUGGAGCGGUUGCAGCUGCUCCAGUCCCCGCCUAGUAUAGGUGCUCUUACUUGCCUUGGAAGCGAUUCUCGAUUCCAACCUUUCGACGCGAAAGAAAGUGAAAGUAAAUGAAUAAAGAUUUGGAAGAGAUAAUUUGAGUUGCGGAUGUAAAAUUUUUCAACUUCUAGUUGUUACUUCUAGUUCAUAGUAAAUGGUCGGUGUGAGAGAUCUGGGGUGGAUGUAGUCAGACUUGUGGUGGUGGUGCACAAAUACGUGUGACUACUUGUACCAAUCCUCUCCCGAGUGGAAGUGGUACAAGUUGUCAAGGAGACAGUGACCAGUCACGACCUUGCAACACGUAUUCAUUUCUAAAUAAGAGAUUGGAUCAAAUAUCUAUUAAAUCCAUUUGAAAACAGACAGAUGUAAAGUAAAAUUUUCUUUUCGUUCUAAGUAAACGGCGGAUGGUCUACUUGGGGAGUUUGGAGCACUUGUAGUCGAACGUGUGAUGGUGGAGUUCGAUCACGCAUGCGCACAUGCAGCAAUCCUCUACCACAAAGCGGCGGAGCUGCUUGUCAAGGACCUGGAUCUCAAUCUCAACUCUGCUAUAAAAAUGGUUGUCCAGGUAAAAGUUUCCUUACAAGGAUGAUACGGACAAAAAGAUUUUGUACUUAAUGCCCCCUGUUUAGCAAAUCGUGUAUUAUAUGACGAGGAAAUACUUUACGGUUAGGACAGUUUUUGUUAAGUAAUACUAGUGCCUAUAACCGCAUAGAAAAUAUUUUUUAGCACUUUUUCUCGCAUAUCCAAUCAUGUAGAGAUCGACUUCAUUUUUCACUAUCUAGCAUCACCUGUGCAGCUGAAGUGAUCAUUGAUUAGUUACCGUAGGAGUUAAGAAUUUUCACAAAAUUCCAAGAUAUUUUUAGCAUUGUGCAAGUUCAUCACACAUAUCAUUAAGCCGACGUAAUUCAAGCAGAUUGUGAUUGAUUCAGUUCUUCUUGGAAAAGUGAAAUAUAUAGAUAUCAUUUACAAUAACCUAUCAAGCGUCAAUUAUUUCUUUAUAGUCAAUGGUGGUUGGUCAAACUGGGGAGCCUGGGGCAGCUGUACACAAACAUGCGGUGGUGGAACACAAACACGCAGUCGCACUUGUACCAGUCCUACUCCAACCAAUGGUGGUCUCAACUGUUCAGGAAGUAGCUCGGAGUCCCAAGCAUGUAACAACAACACGUGUCCAUGUAUGUCUAACAAUUCGUUAGUGUCAGUCGCAGUAUGAUUCCGUCAAAGGGGCUUUUUCUAGAGGAUAAUGUGUAUUUACAUUUAGUCUUCCAUCAUAAAAGUUAAUGGGUCUGCUAAUCAACAUUAUGAAGUACUACAAACUGAGUAAGACUGUUUUGCUACAAUUCAGCCAUUGAGAAGUUUCAAAUUCCGCACUAAACAUUUAUUAGUUUUGGAACCAUCACUUUAUAUGAGGAUUUUAGCCACAGGCGUUCAUGGUAACUCUGUAUAAUAACUGACUCUGCCUUGGUGAUAUUUUCCCUCGUAUAUCUUGUAGAUAUACAAACAUGUAGCAGUUGUUUCUUUCUGUGCAUCUUUAUUGAGGAUUCGUCACAUUUGUAAAGCUUUGAAAUUUAUGCGAUGAUAUGUAACAUAAUGGUUAUUUUUAUAAUAAAAGCGUAAUUGUCUUGAUUUUAUCUCUAGUUUGCCAAGAAGGAAGUACCUCAUUUGAUCAAUGCGGGCAGAGAUGCACCUGUGUUCAAGGCCAGUUGGUUAACUGCGUUCGUAUUCGAAAAGAAUUCACUUCCAUGUCAUUUCUUGAGCGAGAACGGUACAUUAAAGUCAUAUUAACAGCUUCUACUGACCCAAAAUUUAAGAACGACUAUGAUGAGUUAAUCAAUCGGCAUAGAAAUAAGUUUUUCUCUGGAAUUCAUGGACGAACGCACUUCCUUACAUGGCAUCGCUAUUUCAUGUUGCUUUAUGAGAACCUCCUUCGUCAAGUACACUGCAAUUUUACGAUAGCAUACUGGGAUUGGAGUUCAGUGUCUGGAAAUCCCUUCAGCACGGUGAAAAGAGAAAGCCUAUGGCACACCGCGAACACUGGUUUCGGCGGGAACGGCAUAGGGCCGUAUAGCUGUGUCCAGACAGGACCAUUCAGAGAGGCCAAUUGGAGCAUCGUGCCACUUCCAGCCAAUUCCUUACCAGAGCCAGGUCCUCGGUGUUUAGCACGGAGGUUUAAUGGGAACCCUCCUGACUCUGUGGCAGUUCAAGAAGUCUUACGAAUACCAGCGAGUAACUUCACUGAUUUUGAGCUUAUGCUCCGAGUGAAUCUUCACGACGUUGUGCACUGUUUGAUAGACGGCACCAUGUGCUCGAUAGACUCAGCUGCUGCCCCGGAGUUUUUUCUUCACCACGGAUUUAUUGACAAGAUCUGGGACGAGUGGCAAAAGAAAAGUGACGCUCAUAAGAAUGCCUUCUUUCCUGGUAUCAAAGAGGUUAUGCCAGGAUCUAAAUUGCUACCUCAGCACGUACUCAACCUUUUGUCGCAGCCGGGAGGUGUUCGAGUAGAAUAUCAGUCAUCCAGGAAAGCCGCCAAUUUAUUACCUCUUUUAAGAGGUGGGUAUGUUAUCUUUUCUAGGUAAAAUUAUCAUUAGGGGAAUAUUCUCAAAGGGAGAAAAAGCAAAAAAUAUCUGCAAUACGUAUAAAUGAAGGUUUUUUUUGUUUAAUCGGAUUUAUUUGUCAUUUAGCAAUAAACAUGCAGUUUUCAAAAAUUUGUGGUCUCAUUGGCAAAAAAAACCAAACAGUCUAAACUUUCCAGGUUCGUAGUGAUGCACAGGUUUAAUGAGUUUGUCGUGAGUUUUGGUGGCAACCAUACUCAGUGCUCCGCAUAAUGUGAUGUUAUAAUAGCGCAAUACAAUACAGACUUUAUUCGCCAUUCAUAGAUGGAAAGAUGGGUUUCAUAACAAAAUUACUAAGUUUAAAAUACUUGUUAAUAACGAUAUAUUAAUAUUUGGCAAGAGGGCCUCAAGAAACCAUGGGGUUUCUACCAGGGAGUCCUUCCUGCUAAAACAAAAAGAAAAAAUAUAUGCCUAUAAGCGAUACGCGUUCACAGGAAACAUUUUCUUCGCCAAACCACCAAUCUUAAGAGUUGGUAUACCUGUAGAUUCAGUAAUAAACUUCGAAGAAGUUUCAGAUUGCCCAAUAACAUUGGGUAAGGAAUUCCAAAUUUUUGGACCUUGAAAAAAUAUACAAAAAUAGAUAACAUUUGUGGAACAUUGAUGAUAUCGGUAAUCAUCGCCUCUUCAUCUUUUCAUGUGGAUAUGCUGUGAAUAAAUCAUCAUUAUUGUUAUUAUUAUUAUUAUUAUUAUUAUCAUUAUUUUUAUCAUUAUAUGCCUGUUUCGUUUGAUUUUCUUCUGUAGGACUAAGUCUCAGUGCUCUUCAUCAUAUUCCACGGAGACAGUUUUCUGGUGUCACUGAAAAGAUAAUAAAGGUGUUCCAUUUAAAGCCAUCUGAAGUGAAACGUGCAAAAGAAUUGGAGAAGCUGUUGCAGCCGUUGUAUUAGUUAGCUUUUCAUUAAUUUGCAAUAUCACUUGAAUUAAUAAAUUGUAUCUGACGAUUAAGUAUGUGAUGAAUAUCAAAAUAAAGUUGAAUCCAUUAAAAGUUGUUUUUGUUUCCUGAACAAAGUAGAGUUUAACCCUAAAUUUCAUUGCGGUGGUAAAGUUGCCCUGUUUCCAUAGCAUGCGUGUUUAGAGCGUUUGGUUAUUCCAAAGCCAAUAUUUUUUAGUCAAAAAGACAAAAAAAACUACUGCUCGGUAAUGAACUCCGUUUAGAAUAUUUAGCAGAGAAGAGAAUCUAAUAAAUGAUGGGCGUGACAUUGGUAAAUAGAUUUUAUGGUGUGCAGAGGAGUUUUGGACGGCUGCAGCGUCGUUCCAUCUUUAAAUACUACAGAGGUUCGCUCAGUAGACCCAAGUGUUGAUGCAAAUUAUCGGUUACAACAGACGAUAAUAAUGAAAAUUAAAGAAAAAAAAAUUAUCAGAAGACAAAAGAUGUGACCAAAGUGAAGCGACUUAAGUGAUCUUGAUUGUGAAAGCAAUACCUUUAUUUCCAUUGAAUAAUUUUAACUGUAGGUCAAUUUAUAAUCUACUACCGCCAUGAGCCAAUCGUGAUACCUCCGCUGUGUACCGAACUUGUGGGGUACACUCUAUUCUCAGUCGUCAAAUCCUGUUUUAUUGUUUAUCGUCGACACCCACCACGUCGCGAAAUUUGUACCCUCUCGCCUAAAAAUCUGUCGCUUCAAUCAUCACGUCUCCUAUUUCACUUUUAUUAAACUUAAACGUGAAUGCGUAAGUGUAAUGUCACGCAACUUCCGUUUAGCUGCUCGCUUUAGCGUCGCACCCGUGACAUGCAAAUGAGUUUCGACGAAAAGAGGACCGAUUGUUUUCGUAGAAACAAACUUUAUUCUUGGGAAAACCGCCUGGUCCGCCUUUAGCGGAUGGCCGGAGAACUGCAUCUAUGAAAAAACUUAAGGUAUCACUUUUGUGAUCAACAAAGAAAACAUGGCGGCGCCCAAGUGACGAACGGUUACUAAGUAGCACGAGUGGUCACCAAGCAAAUGGGUGACUUUCUCUGACAUCCGCUGACUUUACUGAUUUACUUACUACGGUGCUGCUGUAGUAUGAACUGUUACAGUAUUUUGUUGCGCUUGGUAAAGUUAUGAGUGUAUGCCUAACCGGGUAAACGCAUCCAAAAUUUUACAACCCUAAAAUAAAGUUUGUAUUCAAUAUGAAGGCUGCAUUUCAAAUGUAAUGCAUGAGAUACAUCACCAGAAACUCUUUUGUUCAUAUUGAGACUAUUAUCUGUUGUGUUACGGGUCAAGUGUAAACAAAGAAGGUCACUUUUAUCUACUCAUUAUUUCAUUACAGUCCAAAAUUGAGUGAAAUUGUUCCUGGAGAACUUGGGAAAUGUCAUUGUGGAAGCCCAAAAUACCGCGUAGACAAAUGCCUACGGAUCUCGCCUUUCUUUCCCUCCCUUGGGUACUCCAACAAGUAUAAUAUGAAACAGAGGUGAAAAGCUAUCUUGAUGCAUCAAAUUUUUUCCGAUCAUUAAGUGAAAUCUUUUGAGAACUAACAACUUACUCCAUGUUUCUUCCCAAGAAUUCCAAUAAGGAGCCAUGCAAUAACUAAAUGAUUCAAACGACUGCGCUGCUCUGGUGGCCUUAUUCAUGAGUGGUGAUCUGACCUCCUCAAAAACAGCAGGGGCGUGUUUCUUUAAUAAUUGCUCUACAGGUGGUGUCGAAGCCUACCCGCAUCAGCUUUCACAGUCAAAUUAACGUUAAAUUUUACUGGGGGAUCGCUUUGUUCACUUAGAUCACCAGAACUCCUCAGAGCGAAACAUCGAAGGUAAUUACCUAAUUGAAACAAUGAGCUGUUACAUGAAACUAUCGAAAGAAAAGUGAUCAACUAGAAAAUUUGAUUAGAGAGCAUACUUUACAAUAAUGUUCUUCCUGUUAUCCUAUUAUGCCAUAGGUUAUUGUAAUAUCGUUUAACGCUCGAAGUGACUUUAAGUGAACUCUAUCACAAUGAAUUUGGUAUUCGAUUGACAGACUUUUAUCGAAUAUAAGAUGGCAGAUCGAUAAUUUUAUCUAAGAGCAAUGUUUUGGCUCCUAAAUUAUAUAAUAUAUACUACAACUUCGCGUGACAUUCGAUGACAAGUGUAUUUUCCUGUUUGUUGUUUAGAUUGUUUGUUUAUUUAGAAUGUUUGUUUGUUUCUUACUUUUCAAAAUUUCCCUAUGCCUUUCUUACUAUUCCAUAGACUGUCUUGCCAAUUCUCCCGGUCAUCCCUUGCGAACCAUCAAAAUCAAUUCAUUACCAGUGAUGGUUUGCUAGCUUUGCUUCUUGUUUAAUUUUGUCUUCGUUUGCUUGUUUCCUUAAAUUUUUCUUUAACUCCUGCCUACACUUUAUUCUUUCUGAUAACUAAAUUACUGAAAUCAUUCGGGAAACCUGCCGCUGACGAACGAUAUUAUAUACAUUUAAUAUCGCCCCAGACCAAGGUCAGCCUCUUGUUGACUUUGAUUCGCCGUAAAAAAAAAAAAAAGAACUCAACUCGACGCUUUAUUGUUACCUGAAAAUCCACGAAUUUAGUGAGAACAGACUAAAGCUAAAGAACCGAAUAAUAAAGAAUAGCAUAAUAUGGAAUGUAUCUACUUGCCCCAUUGACAUUUUAUUGAUUUUUUUUAGCAGCUAGCAAUGGAGUAUCUUGGAAUUAUCACAGCAAUGUUAGUGAUGCUGAGGAGUUGUUCUGCAGGUAAGACUAUAGACUUCUCCAAGAUCCAAGAUGCCUCCGCUAUCCGUCGAAGAAUCUUGGAAAUAUUUUUGCUGAUUAUUCAUUUCAGAAUGUGACCAGGGAUGGAAAUCGUUUAACAGCAAGUGCUAUAAAAUGUUUGAGGAAGAAAAGUCGUGGGAUGAUGCGAAGACGUCCUGCGAGGGAACUGGUGCCCACUUGGUAAAGAUUGAAUCUGCUGAUGAAAACAUUUUCCUGUUGAACAGUUUUCUGCAGUUAUUACCGAACGAUAAUAAUCGUGAGGCUUGGACUGGACUCUCGGAUAAGAAAGAGGAAGGAGAUUUUGUGUGGACUGAUGGUGCGACACCAGAAUAUACAAACUGGGCCGCCGAACAACCCAAUGAUGAGGAUGACGAACAAGACUGCGUCGAGAUUGUGAAUGGUGUUUUUUGGCCCGGAGGUUUGCCACAAAUUGGACUUUGGAAUGAUUUCCAGUGUAACAAGGCGUUGAUGUUUAUAUGUGAAAAGGCGGAGUAACUGAUAAAUGCUUGUGUUCAAGGUACGAUUUUAUUCUUGAAGGACUUUAUCAAUGUAACGCUACAUGAUUCGAACGUAUGCCUACGUCGCGUCUGUGUUUCUCACGUUACACAGACAUCAUUAUUUGUAACCGAAGUUGAAGUGAAUCUGUCCUCGCACACGCUAACCUUGAAACCCAACAGUCUGUAAGCUUUAUUGCUAUCGGCUUGGCUAUUGUCAUCAUCGUUAUUAACUUCAUUAUGGAGAUUUUAAUCGCGAAUUAUAUGUAUUUCAGCCCCUUGAUUAAUUCGUUCCCCAAACCUCUGUUACAGGCCAUGGCUGUGCCAGGUCUAAGGAUGUUAUUUACGUCACUUUGAUUGAGAACUGUAAGAGUUUGCUUUCCUAUCAUAAAUUAAAGUAUUGACCAGAAUGCCUCAAAUGAUUUUUUCUUUAACAGUGGGAAUCUGAGGAAGAAAAAGCCGCACAACUUCGAAAAUUAAAUUAAAGCAAAACGGAGAACUAUAUAAUCAAAAAGAAACGGGAUUUCAGGAAAUCAUUCCAUUAGUCCCUGUAGGAUCCAUAUAUGUGAUGAUUAUUUUAUCAAAAUGAAUUUUUUUUCUUUUCCCGGACGUUGCUCGAAGUGCAUCUUCAUCCUCAAAUCUGUUAAAAAUUACCGAUAAAAUUGUCAAACGACUACAAGGGAAUAUUAACGUGGUGAGAGUUUAAAAUUAAAAUUAAAUUAGCCGACCCUCCGUUUGAGGUGGUAAGCUGUUAACAUCAUGCAUGUAAGAACUUUCUCAAAUCUUUGAUGCUCAAUGUUAAGCGCCCAUAAUAAAGGGAAACAGAACAAUGCAAUUUACAUGGCUAUGAAAUCGAUUCUUAUUGCAUUUAUCUGACCGCUGAUGCAGCAUUGCUGUUCCAAAUGGUCGCCUCAGUUUCUUGUCUGAACAGGUGGUCUUACGAAAGGUGCGAAAAUUUUUAACAGAAUCAGAGAAGGUUGGGUUUUCCUUUUGUUCAGAGAUCUGGUGGCUCGAUUCAUGACAUAGUCGAAUCAAUGUCUGUAAGACCAAAAGAAAUCGUUCCAUGUUAUGCUUGGCUCCAUUUACAAUUCUGCUUUCAUGAGAGAUCGUGGCCAUUAACUCCCGAAAAGAAAAGUGGUGUUUUCGAGGAGGUAAGUGUGCUGCAUAGAGUUACAUUCAAACACAUGAAAUGAGGUGUCGUAGUAUUUCAAAUUGCCAGCUUGUUUUUACCUUAUUGCGUGGGUGUUACAAUAUUAUAUUCUUUUAAAUCAGUUGCUUUUUUUCUUUUUUCUUCUUUAUAGAGUUUUGAGAAAUAGUUGCGUCCAUCUAAGCGAUAGUUUGACUUUUAAAGACUUUGAGAAAAAAAGUCCCCUGUAUUAAUAGGAAGUUAAAAAGCGAAAAAGGAUACGAGCGUGCGUCUUUUUUUUGGUAGCAGGUAAUUAGGCAAGACCUCUCUAUCGAGAGUAUUCCAAAUUGCUCUCAAAGUGAACAUGCAGCUGUGUGACUGAAAUGAAGCAUUUAUUUAAUCGAACACUUUUAAUCAUUUCAUGUAGUUAGGUUUUUAGAGUAUCAUAGCCGUUUAAAUCCUGUGUCCUUUUGGAAGUAAAAAAGGAUUUAGUUUCAACGUUGAAGAGUCUCACGGUUCUAAAUAACGUUUUGUGCUUGGCAGUGAUAUUUCGAUCCCCAACGUGCCUUUGUACCAGAGAAAACUUUUUUCUUCAUAGAAAAGAACUCUAAAAGAUGACGGACAAGCUCGAAUAUUUUGAGAAGACAUCGAUGUUUACUUGACCCUAAUUAAGGGCGACCGACUUGAAAUACAGAAAAACACUGUUAAAAUUUAAUGCAUAAUUGCAAAGUGACUAAAAAUUGUAUGCCUAUAUAAUUUAUCACUUAACUGUUUGGUUAAAGAUAAUUAGGAACGGCCUUCAUUUGUACCCUUUUCUUCGUCCUCGAGAUUUUAUUAUCCAUGACUACUUCGGCUGCAACUGAAAUGCCAAUUUGGUGGGGGAGGGGAUGGGGGUGCGCGAUAAGAGCAACACUACAAUUGCUCUUGAGAUUCCUUCAAAAGUAGAUCAUAUCUUAUAAGAAUAAUAUCCUGCUUACAAGUACUUUACGACACGGGGAAAAUUAGAACAUCUGAAGUUGCUUCUUUUGUAGGAUUUUUCAAGGAUGAGGUUGGAUGGAAUCAUUUUGGCAUUACUUAUCGCUCACUGUGUUGCAGGUAAGCGUUAAAUUCACGGUAAACGGCAAGAAAGCCAGGUCAGUGGUAGCACAGUCACUUGGAAAUCUUUUUGGCUUAUUUAGUUGUGUAUUUGUUUGUUUUCUCUUUGAAGAAUGCGAAGAAGGAUGGGAAACACCCGGGGAGAAUUCUAAUUGCUACAAACUGUUCACGGAGAAGAAAACAUGGGAUGCUGCAAAUGAUGACUGCCGAAACAUAAGCUCUCACUUGGUCAAGGUAGAUUCUGAGGAAGAAAACACUUUUUUGCUGAGGACAUUCCUGCAAGUCCCUAAAGGCGAGGUAAAUCGAGAGGCAUGGAUUGGACUCACGGAUAAACUCGAGGAAGGAGAAUUUGUCUGGACAGAUGGAACACCAGCAGACUACACAAACUGGGCCGAUGAACAGCCGAAUGAUGAGGAUAACGAACAGGACUGCGGUGAAAUUGCCAAUGGAGUCUUCUGGCCUGACGGUCCACCGCAAAUUGGAGUUUGGAACGAUUUUCAGUGUGAUGAAAAUCUCAUGUACAUUUGUGAAAAGGAACCUUAA